AUGGCCUCGUUCGGAGAGCCUGGCCUAUUCCCGGUUCCGCACGUCGCCUCGCGCCGGCGUCGGGUGGCCGCGGUGCUCAAGCCGCUGCUCCUCUUCCUCGCCGUUGAGAUUGCCUUCCCCUCCUCGACCCGCCUCAACCAGCUCCAGUUACUAGCGCCUCGUGACGACGACGGCACCCCUUCUUCAACGUCAUCGUCCCCGACGCUGCCUAGGCCUCCUCCGCCACCGCCACCGCCACCGCGUCUGGAGAAGGAGCAGCCGCAGCCGCAACCGCUUCCCCAACGGGUGGCGGUGUGCCUGGUGGGCGGCGCGCGGCGGUUCGAGCUGACGGGCCCGUCCAUCGCGCGCCACGUGCUGGGCGCGCUACCCCCGGGCGACACCGACGUGUUCCUGCACAGCCCGCUCAACGCCGACGCCUACAAGCUCUCCGUUCUGGCCCGCACCGCGCCGCCGGGGACCACACUGGCCACCGUGCGCGUGUUCCGGCCAGAGCACAUCGCCGUGACGCCGGAUCGCGCACGAGCGCUCACCGGGCUCAACUCGCCCAAAGGUGUCCAGGCGAUUUAUUACUGGCUAAAGCACAUGGUGCCAUGGUGGUACAUAUCAUGCAUGCAUCGAAGGCCUGCACCGCACGCUGCUCAAAGCAGCUGGGAGCCUGGCUCCAGACAAACGAAGGUGGGGGUCGUUUCUCUGGAGCCCGGCUCUCUCGACCGCUCACGCUGCUUCGCGUCACCGCGCCCUCCUCUCACCCACCGCGCUCGCCCUCCGACUCCAUCCUCUGCCCCGUCUCCGGCUCCCUCCCACCCUGUCACCGGUGCCCAAGGACGCCAUCUCCGGCGCAUCCGAGCUCCGUCCUCCCCUUUCCCCUCCCCCUCCCUCACCUCCCUCACCCUGUCACCAGUCGGCCUCGCGUACGGCGCUGGGUCAGGAGCAGCUGCCGGGUUGGAGGAUGGCGACAUCGGGUUGUUCUGGAGGCGGCGCAGCAGGUUCUCCGUGCUCGCCGCGCUCUUCGGCCACAGAACGGACGACGACAGACACGGCGACAAGGAGCGGAGGUACAGGUCCUCCUCCCGGCUCGCGGGGAUCGUGCCGCGCGCCGCCCGCUGGAGGAGGAAGGACAGGGAGGCCGCUCUGCCGCCACCGUCCCCGCCGCGACGCUCGUGCCGCCGUGGGGUCAGCGACCGGGGGCUCUCGCCGGUGAGGUACUACGUCGACGGAGACGGCGAGGAGAGCACCUCCCUGGCGGAGUCGUCGUGGCUGCCUUCCCCGUCGCCGAUGCAGAAAACCCCGUGCCGUCGCCGCCUGGGACUGGGAGCACAACCCCGCCGCCACAGCACCUCCGUCGACGGCUCUACAGCGACCCCGCCCGCCCCCUGCGGUCUCCCUCUCCGUCUCUAG